UGUCAAAUAAUUUCACAAAAGCGAAGGAGUUGGAAACGAAGAGAAUAAAAUCUUCAUUUUGCAAUUUGUAUAAUUGUUUUCAGCAAAUCUGCACACAUUUUUUUCAAAGCGUAGUUUAAUAAAUUUGCGCAUUCGUAAUAGUUUAACAACUAAUAUAUUGUGAGAAAGACAGUACUGAAAACAUAUAAAAAUGCCAAAACGUGGUGGACGUGCUAAUAUGAACGGACCCAGUGGUUCACGUUUCGUAGCAUUUAAUGAUCUAGACGAUCGCGAUGAUCGCGACCGUGAUCGUGAACGUGACAAUCCCCGAAAAGAUCGCAAUACGCGACGGGUUAGCUUUAAACCAUCAUUAUUACAAUAUUCAGGUGGUAUAAAAAGGAGAAUGGCUGAGAUAGCCAUUCGUUCACAUUUGGAAGAUGAUGAAGACAUGGGUGACAUGCCGGGAUCUUCCAAGCCGGACAACACACGUCGAAAAGGGUCACCAAUACCAAGAAAAAAGUUUGGAAAUGCAAUGCAUUUAUCAAAGUCGCCAUUUGGUUGGUACCAAAUUUCGAUAAACAAUGGACAGCGGUAUGCCAAGGAGGAGCUAGUAAACGUACUGCAGCGCGCCAUACAGCCGGAGCAACUAAUACCGCUCUAUUGGCGCUCCGAAAAGAACUACAUCUCAUUUUUUGUGGAUGACCACAGAGUCGCCGUCCGCUUGGAUGGACUCGAGCGCGCUGUGCAAAUGUCCGACGGCUUCAGGCCGUACCUGCGAGUACGUCCCUCCUGCCCAUCGACCCCAGUCAACGACCAGUUAAAGGCGCGCAUGCAAGUGGUCAUGGCAAAGCGUUACAAUGCGCAGACCAAAGCGCUGGAUAUGUCCAGUUUCCAUACAGAUCCCGAUUUCCGUGGCAUAUUUUGCGGAAUAUUUCGUACGCCGGUCAUGGCGGCGGCCAUCGAAAUCAUGGAGAAGAAUAUACCCGAUUUGGUGGCGCUCAAUUUGAACAACAACAACCUAUCGUCCAUGGAGGCAUUCAAGAACGCACACACGCGUUUGCCCAACUUGCGCAUACUUUAUUUGGCCGAAAAUAGGAUACCGACCGCGACACAUUUGAUCGCUCUACGUCAUGUACCGUUAAUCGAAUUGGUAUUGAAAAAUAAUGGACUCUGCGGCCGCUACAAAGACAACGCACAUUACGUCAGGGAGAUCCAGCGCAAAUUUCCAAAGUUGAAGAAAUUGGACGGUGAAGACCUGACUCCCAUGAUUCAGUUCGAUGUGGGCGAAGAAGUUGCUGUUCUACCUCAUGCAAAGGCUUCUUUCCUUUGCGACCCCAAUGGCACUGAAAUCAUACGUCAAUUCUUGGAGCAGUACUUCUUGAUAUUCGAUUCGGAUAAUCGUCAGCCUUUGCUUGAUGCAUACCAUGACCAAGCGAUGCUGUCUCUGGUGGUGCCACCAGCGAGCCAAGUAGGCCGACUUGAAAAAUAUUGGCGUUAUAAUCGCGAUUUUCGUCGUCAAAACGCCGAUGACAAUACUAAGGUGCGCCAAUUACGUUUCGGUCGCCUUGCUGUGGUCUCAAUGCUUGCCGAAUUACCGAAGACCAAACAUUAUCCACGCUCGUUCACCGUAGAUUUAACAUUGUUCACCCCGAAAAUGAUAGUUUUCACUGUGGCCGGCUUAUUCAAAGACAUCGAUGAAGAUACUGAGGAAUUGCGCUAUUUCCAGCGUCAAUACAUAAUUGUGCCGGCAGGGAGCGGUUUUUGCAUCCGAAAUGAAAUAAUAUUAAUCACGGUGGCCGCACCACAGCAGGCACGCUUCUUCAAAAAGAAAAUAGAGACGCCUACGACUCCUCAAUUGAACAAUGAAGCAAUGGCCCCUAAUUCGGGACUAUCUCUUAGCCUACAGAACCGCUUGCAACUAAACCAACCUAGCACCUCCGCAGCUGCUACACUGCAACCACCACAGGUGGGCAUUGAUGAGGCAACAAAAAUACAAAUGGUGCAAACAUUAUGCGCCCAAAGUAAUAUGAACAUCGAAUGGAGCAAGAAAUGCCUAGAGGAAACCAAUUGGGACUACAAUCAUGCUGCCUUUGUAUUUGACAAGCUGCACAAGGAAAAUAAAAUACCGCCGGAAGCAUUUAUUAAAUAAAUAAUUGGCUAUCAUUAGUUGAUUGUCCUAUUGCGCUGUAUUUCCACGCACAUGGCAGAUUGAUAAGGCAUUUAAAUAAGUUUUGGAUAUUGUAAUUUACAUCUCAAUUAUAUUACAACAUGCUAGCCUGCACGAAAAUCAAAAUAUUUGAAACACCGCUAUAGAUUUACAAAGAGGAAUGAGCAUUGAACGGAGAUGAUUUUAGUGUAUUGACUGAGAAAAUAUACAGUUUUUGGUUUUCUUUAAGCUCAAUUCGGGGAUGUUUGACAAAGUUCAUAUUCUAUUAACCAGAAUAAUAGGAAUUUUGUUUCAUAAAUGUAUUAAAGCAAUUCCUACCUAAAUUAAAUUUUGUACCUAUAAAAUAAUGUUUUAUAGAAAUACUAAGAUAAAAAUAAAAACAGUAAUGCUUUUCUGAAAAUUAAAAAAAAAGAAUGUAAAUAGUUGAUAAUUUUUGUUUAUAAUUAAUGAAAUCGUCAUAAUUCGAAUACAUGUAUAUAUAUAUAAAUGUAUAUAUAUAUAAAUGAAAUAUUGUAGCAUUGUAUGUUAAGUAUUAAAUAAAAAUGAAUGUAAUUUUGCCUUUUGCCGUUCCGGAUUCAUAUCCUUAGAUUGACACUAGUUGGAAGCAUUUCCUUUUGCUUUAUUGGAUUCAUAACACGUUUGUACUAAUCCACGAAGGUAAGAUAUUGUAUAUUUACAUAUACAAACUAAAAAAUAAUAUAUAUCCCUCCAUCCCUUUUACAAUAUCAUUGUUUUACUUCAAAAUUAUUUAUUAAAAUUCUGAAACAGCAAUUUAUACGCAAUAUCCUAAGAAAAUAUCAUUAAUUUCCGGUAAACAGCUGCUGCUUCUGUAAAUGACAGUUCAAUAAGGUUGGUACUUCUGCUGUUAUGCAAACUCAGCUGUCAAACCUGACAUUUGGCAGCCCGAAAAAUUUUCCCACUUCUUUAAGCGUGAGGAAGAUAGCAAAAUGUCGGCUGCAGCUGGUGCCGCUAGAAAGCAGGAUAUGCCCCCACCGGGAGGCUAUAAGAAAAUUCCAUAUCUGCGAGUUCCAGCCAAAAGUUAUUUCACAG